CAAAAACACCCUCAUCAUCAUGGCGGUGCGUCAAGUAUUUCGCGCGGCUGGCGCUGGGGCGGGCGUCGCCGUGGCAAUCGGCACUGCAGCGCUGUACAUCGACGCUCCCAUUGCAGACAAUGAUGACGAGACCUUCCGGGAGCACCGCAUCAGUCAUCCCCGCGACCGCUUCCCUGCGUUCGUGUCGGCGGCCGCGCGGUUGGUGCUGUUUUACCCCACGACGCUUGUGGCCAAGGUGUAUCUUGGCAAGUUGAACAACUUUACAUGCCGGAACGAAGAAACGUUGGAGAAAUGGGUCCUCUCCCGACCGGAUCACCGUGCGCUCAUCACAGUGACGAAUCACUCGGCCACAGUGGACGACCCCGCCGUCCUCGCCGCGAUGCUGCCGUGGUCCUGCGCGCGUCCGAGUCUGUCCCGGUGGUCCAUCUGCAGCCAAGAGUACUGCUACGCCAAGGGUCCCCUUCUCUCUACGAUCUUCUUCGGGUCCAAGACUCUGCCCAUCAAGCGCGGCGCCGGCAUCGACCACCCGUUUCUCCAAGACUUGUUCCAGCGGGUGCAAGACGGCGACUGGGUUCACAUCUUUCCCGAAGGCAAGAUCGUUCAAGGCGGAGGUUUGGGCGGCCGCGACGGUCCCGACGCGGCCACAAUCGGACGACUCAAGUGGGGCGUGGGAAAACUCAUUGCCCGUGCCGAGAUUACGCCGGUGGUGCUGCCAAUCUACCACGUUGGCAUGGACAAGGUGAUGCCGCAGACCCCCGACCAUAAGCUCAAGAGCAUCGUGCCUCGGCUGGGCCAGCGCGUGCAUGUGCUCGUGGGCUCCCCCAUCUACUUUGACGACCUGUUCAAGAAAUAUGAAGCCGACCGCCGCCAAGGCGUCCAAGUGAGACGACCCCCCAAUUUCUAUUCCCAUCGACCUAUAUAUUUCUUACGACAUGGCCUAGGGCGACGGGUUCACGUGGGAAAGCGACGCGGCCGAGAAGAAGCUGUACUCGGCCAUCACGCGGCGCAUCGAGCUGGCGCUUUUGGCGCUGGAGAAGAAGUGCUAUGCCGACUUGGACAGUGCCCGAACAACCUCUGCAUUGACGACAUAAAGAUAGAUAUGUGUUGAUUACAGUUCUUGGUUGCACAGCGGACACGACGGCGCGCGGGUCGAGUUGGCUAGUGUGAGCGCCCACUUAUCGAGGCACUCGAGGUGGAAGUCGUGUUUGCAUUUCGACAGAAUGCGCAGCACGUCGCCGGCCGCGUAGUCUUCGCAGCAGAUGCAGCAGGAGGCGGUGGGGCCGCCGCGAAAGUUGUGGAGGAGACGCACGAGCUCCUCUUUUUCGAUGACCUGGGCAUGGGCAACGCCGCGGAGGACCAGACGUUGCUUGAUUUCGUGGACUGAACAAGUCGAUGGAGCCUUGAACUCUUCCGUGGGCAAGCGGGAAAUCGUCUUCAGCAUGCGGUUGUACUGCUCGUUGUGCUCCUGGUACAUAGGCUCGUCUUGGACCGCUGUCCCGCGGGCUGACGACUGCAAGCCCGCAAAUAAGUACGAGAGAAACCCACUGAUGCCGCGCUCGCGCAGGAUGACCCGCUUCGAAUACACUGUGUACGCGAGGUACCCGAGUCCCACGAACAGCAUGAGAAGAUCCGAACGGAUAGUGAACGAUGUGCCUUGGAGAAUCAUUGGGGCCACCUGCAGCGCGAUCAUCGCAAAGACCACCGCCGGCGGCAUGUUGCCGUUGAUCAUGAUGAACACCAUGAUGCAGAAUAAAGGUUGUGUCAGUUCCCAA